AUGGAUCAGCAAGCAAUCCAGCUCGGGGACCACAUCCUACAACGUCUAUGCGCCACAGCCUCUACGGAACGCAUACUCAUAGGCCUCGCGGGCGUGCCUGCCUCGGGGAAGUCGACUCUCGCGCAACUCAUCGUCGACCAUGUCAACAAGACGACCCGGCGCGAACACGCUGGAGUGGACCAUCGCGACAUCGCGGUGCUGAUCGGCCUGGACGGGUGGCACCUCUCGCGCGCGCAACUCGACGCGAUGCCGGACCCGAAGCUCGCGAGGGAUCGCCGUGGAGCCCAUUGGACGUUCGAUGGCGAGGCGUAUGUAGACUUCGUGCGUGCGCUCCGGAAGCCGCAUACCGAUCCAGCGUCCGCUGUUGGGGAGUCCGACGCGGUUUACGCACCUUCGUUUGACCAUGCUGUCAAGGACCCUAUGCCCCGCGCUGUCGCUGUCCACCCGUACCACCGCGUCGUGCUGAUCGAGGGCUUGUAUGGGUUCCUCGGCGUCCCUCCAUGGCGAGAAGCGGCGGAGAUGCUGGACGAAAGGUGGUGGUUGGAGGUAAGUGAGGAGGAGGCGGAACAGAGACUGGUAGCGAGGCAUGUGCGUAGCGGGGUUGCAAAGGACCUUGAGGAGGCUAUAUGGAGGUCAAGGGAGAAUGACGCACCCAAUGGCAGGUUCAUCAAGAAGAAUCUUUUGGAGCCCACACGAACCAUACAGAGUGUAGAGGACCCUGUGCAUGCGAGCGUAUGA